AUGGAUAAACGAGUGGAGCAAUUGAGAAACGAAGCUUUUUGGAUGACAUUCAUAUCUGAGAAUUUUGCCUCUGCUACUUAUGGUCGGCCAAAUAUGAUCGACGAAAUGGACUGCGACGUAGACGUUCCUACUAUACCAUCCGGUUAUCAACCGUUGGACGAAAGAACUCGACUUCAAAAUUUUUUGGUGCAAGAAGAUGAAAGUAAAUUCCGAAUCUUGGAUACGGCUCUCGGAAAUUGGUUUCAUAAUCUUCCGAGUUGGCUGAAAUUUGAAGAAAUGAUGGAAGAUCCCAACAGAACUCUGUUGAAUGGUAUAGGUG